AGGCGGUGUAUUUAGCGACUAUUUAUCUUUAAUAAAUGAGCAAUAACAUAGUGCAAGAAAUGCUUACAAAAUCGUUAAUCGUGAGUGUAGUUUUAUAUGGAUUACUGAACUGUACAGUUCAGAGUAGUUUUUUCGCUGAAAAUGGGACGAAAAGGAACUUUGUUUACAAUGUGUAUGAAUAUGACACCCUCAUCAACAUCACAGUGAACUCAACAACCGAACAAAUCUUGGACUUCAAUGAGACGACAGACAAGUGGCGCCACCUGCCGACGCGAGUACACGUCUCUACAACCGACGUCGUCGACGGCGACCACCCAGUGUUCGUCACCGCCACGCAGCAGAAAGGCGUAUCAUCCUGGGAGCUCCCUCUAGUGGUGCAAACAAGUAACUGGCGAUGGCGCACGAACGACAUGGCUCGCACGCUCUGUCCACACGACGCCGGGCCUAAUAUAACGACGGUGAAUCGGCCGACGAUACAAAUAACGACAUCUAAUCCUACGGACGUGCCCGUCGCCAUUAAACUGCGGCGGGUCACAGACUUUUUCAUAGAAGUGGAUAAGGAGGUGUAUUUGAACGUGACGCCGAGCUCUCCUAAGUAUUACUACUUUUCCUUCAGCAGCGACCCGCCGCCCAAUAACACCAGAACGACAGACCUUCAGCUACCCUCACUAAGAUUCAACUACACAAUACCAAAGAGUGUGAUUCUCAUCAUAGAGUCAGAUGAUGACAUCUGCGCCGUCAUCUCCAUACAAAACAACUCGUGUCCAGUGUUUGACAAUGAGCAAGAUGUCAACUAUCAGGGCUACCACCUUACCAUGAUGAACAAAGGAGGGAUUACACUUACCCAAUCCAUGUUCCCCGUGGGGUUCUACGUGGUGUUCAUAGUGAAACAGGGCGAUGAGGACUGCACGGGUGCGAGGGAGACGACGCUAAAGGAAUACGAUAUGGGAACUGAGAGAGUGAAGAGUUUCAGGUUCCGUAUAAUACCCACUAUUUCAUACGCGGAAUACGUGGUUGCUGCCCUCGUCGUGUUGGCAGUCCUCGUGCUGCUUCUGGCGCUAACUGCCCUCAUCUCCUGCUUCACCACUAAAUGCACAGAGCAAGUGGUGGUGAUAGACGAAGACCCGGCACCGUCGACAUCUCGAGGGCCCAGUGAUGAAACGCCACUGUUUGCUGAUAAAAUACCAAGAUCGGACUCGUUUUCGUCGGACGGGUCGGAGCCCCGCGAAUUGGUGUUGGCGCAGCCCCUCACAGUUGCGGGGCUUAAUCGACGCCCCACAUACGCGCGCCGCUCUGACAGAUAUUUCUGGAGCGCGCUGACGGUGGCUGUGGUAUACGCACUGCCGGUCGUGCAGCUGCUUUUCAUGUACCAAAGGAUGGUCUUCCAAACGGGCAACCAAGACCUGUGCUACUACAACUUCUUCUGCGCGCACCCGCUGGGCCCCCUCGCGGACUUCAACCACGUCUACUCGAACAUAGGCUACGUGCUGCUAGGCCUCGCCUUCAUGGCCCAGGUCAGGGUGCGGCAGGUGGCGCAGAGGAAGAAACAGGGUGCCGAAUUGGGUAUCCCUCCCCACCACGGCAUCUUCUACUCGAUGGGUCUGGCCCUCAGCAUGGAGGGCAUACUCUCCGCGUGCUACCACCUGUGCCCCAACAAGAUGAACUUCCAGUUUGAUUCUUCGUUCAUGUACGUGAUAGCCGUGCUGUGCAUGGUCAAACUGUACCAGAACCGUCACCCGGACGUCAACGCGAACGCGCACUCCACCUUCAUGCUGUUGGCCGUCGUUAUGACUAUCGGUCUAUUCGGGAUAAUGUACCCGAGCGUAUAUUUCUGGGUGUUGUUCACUAUCCUCCACCUCGCUACGUGUUUCGUGUUGACCAUGAAGAUAUACUACGUCGGACAAUUUAAAUUCGAACGAGCGAUAUUCGGGCGAGCUAUAGCCGCCUUGAAGUCUCGCGAAGGCAGCGUAAUCACAUUUCUACGACCGUCGUAUGGCGCUCGCGCGAUUCUCCUCGCCGUGGCCAACGCUGCCAACUGGGCGUUGGCAGCUUAUGGCAUGUACGAGCACAAUAAGGACUUGGCGCGCCAUCUACUCGCGAUCCUCAUGGGCAACACCGUGCUCUAUCUACUGGGCUACGUCAUCAUGAAACUAGUCAAUAAAGAAAAGGUGCCGGUACGGACGUGGAUGUUCUGCGCUCUGGCUCAUCUCUGCUGGAUCGUCGCCCUAUACUUGUUCCUCGACGGACACACCAGAUGGGCGGACACGCCAGCGCAGUCCCGGCGCCGCAACGCCGUCUGCUCGUCGCUACAGUUCUUCGACAGCCACGAUCUCUGGCACGCGGCCUCCGCGGCCGCCCUGUACCUGUCAUUCAACAUGUUGCUGACUAUAGAUGACCCAUUAGCUGACACCCCUAGAGAACUCAUACCUGUAUUUUGAAGAUUGGACAUUUUGCAACAUAGACAUGUGAUUACAGGACAUUUAGCAAAAGCGGUCAUUUUUAAACAUGGAUAGUUAGCAAAAUGGGCAUAGCCUAUAGAAAACAUAUAGAGAACUAAUUCCCGUAUUUUAACUAAGGUUUUAUCAACUAGUAUAGUUGACAGAUAGACAAAGUUUGUUACACGAUAUCUUGCGUAUUUUUCAUCCGAUAUUCUUGACAUUUGGCAGAAACAUAGUUCGGAUAAAUACUAUUUUUAAGUUCGAAUUUGAAGAAAAUCGGCCUGUUGGCUAGGAAGUUAGAGAGAGAGAAAAAAAAAUUAUAUCUCGCAAGGUGUGUUCGAGGUGUAGUACUAAGUACAACAAUGUUUGUCUGUAUGGUUGACAGUCACGAUCUCUGGCACGCGGGGUCCGCGGCCGCCCUAUCCUCCAUGAAAAAUCCUAAAUUUGCCACUGAAGUGUGGGAAAUAGAGUUGAUUUAGCAUUGUUUCAAAAUUGAGCAAAGCAAAAGCGACUCUGUUUCCAAUUGAGUAUGAUUUAAAUUUCAUCGAACUAACGAAGUACAGUCAGCAGCAGAAGUUGCUAAGCGGGCGAGGUGUUCAAAAUGAUCUUGACGCGACUUUAUUGUCAAGAGAAUAAGAGCGUGUCAAGGUAAUUUUGAACACCUCGCCCGCGUAGCAACUUCUGCUGCUGACUGAACUACAGGUAGGACCUUGGACCUUAAGUUAGGGGCUGUCCAUAAAUUACGUCAUCGAUUUAUGAUGAUUUUUGACCCAAAUAAAAUCAUCCAAAAAUCAUGCUUCGAAUGACCCCGUUUCCUCCUACGUCAUGCUACCAUCAUCCGAUGUCCAGACCCCCUCCCUAAUUUAAAAAGACGUAAUUUAUGAAUAGCCCCUUAGGAGGCUAUACUUGUGGCCUUCAAAUUGUGCUAUUAAGGCCUGAUGAUGGAGACCGGAGGCGGAGACCUUAUGGUAAAGUAUUUUAGGUGCUUAAAAAUGUUGCUCAUAGUAUAUAAUUAUUUUUGUACAGUCAGCAGCAGAAGUUGCUAAGCGGGCGAGGUGUUCAAAAUUACCUUGACACGCUCUUAUUCUGUUACCAAUAAAGUCGCGUCAAGAUCAUUAAAUUUUGGACACCUGGCCCGCUUAGCAACUUCUGCUGCUGUAUUAAGUAUAUUAAUUUUUAUUUAGUUUUAUAGUUUAAAGUGAUCGAUCAUUUCAACUGAGACAAUCGUUGAAAACUUGAGAUGCAUAAAGUCGAAGCUCACUAGAGUCAGAUCAAGAUAAGUCUGCAGCGAUUUUUAUAGCACACGCGGUAUACGUGCUAUUUUAAACGUCAAAAUGAAAUUAUGAUGCAUAAUAAAUAACACCUAGGAUUGCGUAUACCGGCGGUCGGCAACCUGCGGCCCGCGGGCCGCAUGCGGCUCCUGAAGCUGUCACUUGCGGCCCGAGAGCAGCCUUGGCUAUUUUGUAUGUAAUAGUGACAAACGAUAAUGUCUGAUAAAGUCAUAAAUAUUAACAAAGUACGGCACUCGUCGCCUCCGUUAACUACUAUGUGGCCUUUGGCUACUAAAAGGUUGCCGACCGCUGGCGUACGCUAUCAAAAUCGUUGCAGACUUACCUUGGUCUAACUCUAUCAAUGAAUCUUUGGUAGUAGUAAGUUUUUUAUACAUAUACUUUGUACUCAAUGUACCUAUUAAUAAAAUAUAUGGUAGUUAUAGUGCGUCAAGCAAAUCUUGUCAGUAGCAAUGUAAAGCAAAUUAAAGUAGGGCAACACUCAAAGAGUAGUAUUGCGCUAAGAAAAGCAGCAAUGUACAAUGUACAUCGAACCAAAACUUCUUUUUCCGCUGAGCGCGCCUUGUCACGUACGUCAAUUCAAAUUGUCACUCGUGGAUUCUCUAUUGAAAAUGUUUGAAAUUGUUAUUAAUACGUAUGGACGGACAAUUUAAAAGCGGUGUGUGGUGAAUUUGACGAUCUCAAAAUUAAAUUAGAAGUGGAAUAUGCCGUUAAACAAGAAUGUAAUGAAUAAAAUCAUUGCUUCAGCAUAUAGAUGUCCUAUUGGAUUUUAAUAUUUUAUUAGAUUUAUCAGUUGGAACUGUAGGCAUUUUAGGCACCUUAGCUUUGAUUAAGCACAAUUUUAUUUAAUAUAUUGGUAUUUAAUGGUGACACAGCAGAAAUAUCUCUUGAAAUAGAAUCGAUUCAGAAUGUAAACAAAGAUGAUGGCUGUCAUUCGCGAUCCACAUUCCACAGAUAAAGCACAGAUGACACGCGAUUUUCGAAUUAUUCGAACACAGUGUUGCUAACCCGCGAUUUUUCAAAUUUGCCGCCGUUUGCUACUGACAAGAUUUGCUUGACCCAGUAUACCUAAAAUUGGCUAAAAAUUAUAUCUAAAAAUGUGUACUCAAUCCGUAUGAUAGAAUCGGACCACGUUAAGUUUGCACGCCAAGUGAUACGUCAAGUCAAGUAUCUAUGGAGCUUAGAGCAUAUGGAGUUUAUAGGGAUAUGUGCCUAUUCUUACUGCCAAGUUUGUGCAAAGUUAACGUGGUCAGUGUCUAUAUUGUCUAUGUCGGCGGCCGAUCGUAAGAUCAGGCAGAUCGUAAUGUUCCUGUAAUGUUUUGAGGAUAGUCACAUUAAACUAAUAUAUAGGUAGGAUAGUUUCGUUAGGUUGCUUCAGAUGCCUGAAGGGCAAACUGCCCAGAAACAGGAGCCCCGCGUAGCGGGGCUCCGUUGACUCAGGGAACGAGUCAAAGAUUUUCACGUUUCACGAUAUGCCUAGGAAUUUCACGAUAUGUCUGAUCUUACGAUCGGCCGCCGACAUCUAUAACAUAUUUUCGGUGCCUAUUUAGCAUAUUUGCGUUAGUGUGCGUGUUCAGAUCAGGGCUCGGAACCGGUAUUGAAAUACCUGUUAAUAUCGUUCCAAAACCAUUAUAUUAUUUCGUUCAUUAAGAAACCGGUUAAUUAAUGGAACGAGAACUAACAAAUUACUUUCUCUCUCCUAACCGGUAAGAAGAGGGAACGGAGCUUUAUGGUUCGCAGGGAACGAUAUAAUACCGGUUACUCUUGGCUUUCGGAGACUCUCGGUUAAACUCGUUGUCAUACGUGAAAGACAUAGCAAUAUUUACUCGUUCUAUCUCGCUUCAAUAUUUUCAAUUUAACCGGUUAAUGUCGUUCCGUUCGAGAACGAAAUGAGAACGUAUAUGGCAUAAACCGUCAUCUCAAAAGAACAGUUUUUUCGUUCCCGGGCGAAUGACCGAAACCGGUUUGAGAAAUGAGAACGGUUUCCGAGCCCGGGUUCAGAUAUUUUUGAGCACCACGGCCGCUUCGAUAUAUCUGAUGGCAACUGUACACUUUUCUAAAGUAGCAAUAACAAAUGUAUCAUACAAAUAUCGAAUGUAAAAUUAUUUUUGUAUGAAGUAAACGCUUAUUUGAAUUA